AUGGCACUGGUCCGCAGGUCUCGCCCUUCCUGCGAUUUUCGUCCUUCCUGGACGAGAGUCGGAGCAAUUCCCGCACACGAAAUCAUUUACAGAUACAUCCCAGGAAUCUUAAACUUUUCGCGCCCUCGAUCGUCUGGUCGACUUGAAAUCGACCUAGAGUCACUCUUCGCGCAAGCGCCCCUUUUAAGGGCUGGAACGCUUGAGCCGGGCUUAUACAACCGCUGCCUGAACGAGCUCCUCUCAGCACUCUACAAGCUCCAAUUCCCCAUCCCACAGCUUCGCAUAAUGGAGCCCCUCAUGGAGAAAGCCAGGAGACUCUACCCAGGCGACUGGGAAAACCUCCUCUGUACCUUUGCCUGCUACGGCGACCUUCUCGACUCAGACUGCCUCAACGCAUCUCCCGAACUCUGCGACGAUUUAAGCGACUACAUCCUGCACAAACUCACCAAGAUCGCCACACAAGCCCCGCUGUCUGUCUCGCUGAGCUUCGUCGAUUUACUCGAGGAAGACCAGUUUCAGAACGGCAUGGCGAUCCUCGUGGACCAGGUGCGGCAGCGCCACAGGGACUGGGCCAAGCUGAGGGCCUCGCAGGGUCAGAUUCUGCUGCGGUUGUCGAAUCAGCCGUCGAAGCGGAUCAUGCGGUAUAAAUCGCUUUGA